CAACAAAGUUUUUUGUUUGAUUGAUUAACUUUUACCUAAUUAGUAAUUAAAAUCUCAUCUAGAAUGGCGCGUAGUGGGAUUAUGUCACCAGCGGAUUCUGCACUUUAUAUCGCUAAUAACUCUAAACAUGUAAAAAUACACGAAGAAGGAAUCGAAAAGCUUUGUGGAGAAAUGCUUCAAUCAAUGAUAUCCAACAAACUUGAGAUCCCCGACACUGGUGCUAGCAUACAGUAUCUGAGCAAAGAAGAUCCACGUUCUGUAGACUGGAUAUUUGUAGCGGACGCCUUGAAUUUUUGCUUCUGGUCAUAUUCUGGAGCUGAAAAGUGGACCGUAGAUGGACAUUCAGGUUAUUAUGCCUUGGAAGCUGCUCUUAGUAGAGCUUUGAAAGAAGGCCACAAUGUCACCAACCCAGAAUACUACUCCAAAAUAACUGCAGAUGACCUCAGACAUAUCUUUAGAAGUGACAAUGAUGCUGAAAUACCAUUAUUUGGGGAGAGGCUCUCAGUUCUGCAUGAAGUUGGGAGCAUACUUAUAGACAAAUACAAUGGAACCUUUACAACAUGUUUGAAAUUGGCUUCUAAAUCUGCUGAAAAACUUCUAGAGAUAGUCGUCAAUGAUUUCCCUUGCUUCCGAGACGAAGCCGAAUUUAAAAACAAAAAGGUUUCUUUGUACAAACGGGCUCAAAUCCUGGUGGCAGAUAUUUGGAACUUCUUUGGAGGCUCUGGAUGGGGAGAAUUUGAAGAUAUAGACAAGAUAACAAUGUUCGCUGACUAUAGAGUGCCUCAAGUUUUGGUGUACUUUGGGGCGAUGAGUUACAGUGAUGAAUUGAUGGAAAAGUUGAAAAAAGAUAUCCUCUUACCCAGUGGUUCUGAAGAAGAAGUAGAAAUCCGAGGCUGCUCCAUUCACACAGUUGAGCUGAUCAAGCGCAGACUAAAGGAGAAGACUAAAGGUCAGUCCAACGUACAAGUCCCUAACUCCAGUCUGAUUGACUACUACCUAUGGUGCUACCGAAGGAAAUACGCUGAUGAACUGGAGAAAGUCCCCUUCCACAAAACAUUGGGUAUAUUUUAUUGAUAUUAUUUUACAAUUGAGUAACUA